AUGGCUGAGGUUGGAGACAAAAGUGGCAGAGCGCCUCUCUCGGGCGAUGUCCGAGAUCUUCUCGAAGGCCUCGACACGGGCGACCUGGUCCUCUUCGACCGGCCUUGCCUGAAGAUGGGAGGCUUUUUCGGGGCGGCGAUUUGCGCGGCGGCAAAGGUGGUCGGCGGGGUUCCUUUCGACCAUAUCGGCGUCGUGGUGAAGGACGAGAAGGGUUUGAAUGUGAUGGUCGAAGCUUCGUUCAGCGGCGUCGCCGUCCGGCCUCUGUGCGAAAGGGUCAGGAGGAGCUCGGCGUCGCAGAUCUGUGUUCGUCGGUUGCAGGCCCAUCGCACGGAGGAGAUGCGGGAAGAGGCCCGGCGUUUCGUGUCCGAGGUGUCGCACCUGCCCUACAAGGAGGGGAGCGAGGGUCUGCUACAGAUGGUGUCCGCGGCGUUCCGCUUCCACCCCGCCAAGGAGCAGAGACGGCGGGUUCACGCCGAGACCGUCGCGCUGUCGGCAUCGAUCGCAAGCUUGGAGAAAGAGCUAGAGCUGACGGCUAAGCCGGAGAUGGACGGCGACGCCGCUGUCCGAGUCGACGCCACGAAGGAGAGACUACGGCAAGCGAUAACGCGCAGGAGAAGGGCGCUGGUCUACCUCGCCGCCUCGGGCGCCGCCCCGGAGCCAUCGGGGAGGCCGGCGGCGGCGACAGCGCCGCCAGAAGAAAACGCGGCAGCAACGACGUCAAUAACGUCAGCGUCAGCAGCGGCACCCUCCAAUGACAGCCUGCCCUUGCGCCAGACACCGAUCGGUCCCUUGGCACCCGCUUCACACACGCCGCUGUCACCGUCGCCGCCGCCGCCGUCAGCAGAGCCGUUCGACGGCGGCCUGUUCUGCUCCGAGCUCGUGGCGGCCCUCUACCAACGGCUCGGCCUCCUCGACGCCGGCUUUCCGGCGAGGCACGACUACGUGCCCGCAGACUUCGCGCAGUCGCUCGGACAUCCCGUCGACUGCCUGGGCGCCGUCGACCUCGACGAGGACAACGGCGGCGGCGGCGGCGGCGGCGGGGCAACGGGGGACG